GCUUUUGCAUCGGUCUCCCACGGACCAAGCUCUUUUUUCGGUUGUUGUCCCGUCAUCGUCCGUCCUCAAACCCCCCAAACCAAAUCAGGUUGAGUAGUCCUUCGACCACCGACUUCAAUCCUGUGCAUCCCCACAUCGUCUUCUGCCGCGGCUCUACAGCCCGUUGGUCGUCGCUUUCGCGCCUCGCGCAUCACUCACCGUGCAUUAUAUCCCAAUUUCCAGUCCGACUCCCAAUGUUUCGGCAAUGAUUGCACAUUUGCAAUGUCGCAAGCCACCAGCACCAAAUGUGCCUCGCGAUGGGUGACGCGCAUCAUCCCCAUCAUAAUCACCGGCACAAGCGGCUAUGCCACCUACGUGAUCGUGGCCUACCUGGGCAUCGACUAUCUGUACAAAACCAGGGGAGAAGUCGGCGCCGCAGUCUCGACAAUCACGAUUUACCUGUUCUUCUACCUCCUCACCAUCGCCACCUACUUACGAACCUUCAUCGAAAUCAAGAUGGACCCAGGUCUGGUACCGCUAGGUCCUCAGGCGCAACACCCUUCGAGGGAGUCGAACAAGAAGCGCAGGCGGAGGAAAGAGGGCGACCUGGAAAGCCAGCCGUACUAUACUGGCCCUGACCAAGACCCGGAUAGCCCCGGUCUUGAAGGCUUCUAUAGCAAAGAAAUAUUUGUGUGCGAGAGUGACGGACGGCCCAAGUGGUGCUCCGAGUGCCGCAACUGGAAGCCUGACCGCGCCCAUCACUCGAGCGAGGUGGGCCGUUGCGUGCGGAAAAUGGAUCAUUACUGCCCCUGGGUCGGCGGCAUGGUAUCGGAGACUUCCUUCAAAUUCUUCGCCCAAUUCACCUUCUACUGCACAUUGUACUGCACAGUUGCUCUCGCCCAGGCUGCCUAUUGUCUCGCGCUGCAGGUGCGAGACGGCACAGUCGACGGUAGGACAAUAUCGGGCGUUGCCAUCGCCGGGUUUUUUGGUCUUUUUACCUUCCUCAUGACCGCGACCUCGUGGCGUUUCAUCCUCCUUAACAUUACCAACAUCGACGCCCUCCGCAAGUCGUGGGUGCAUCAGCUAGCGAUCAGGGUGCCUGACGGCACUCGUUCUGGCAGCGACUACGGGACAGUCACGUAUCCUCUGCCAAAGUAUCCGCAGGGGAUAUCCACCUCAUCAGAUGCCACCGUGGACAGCGGGACUUCGCGCGAUCGCCUCGCAACCCGUACUUUUGCUAUUGUUAGGACCGAGCCGGAUGAAAACCCGUGGGAUCUUGGCUACAGGAGGAAUUGGACGUCUGUUAUGGGACACGGCUUGGUCGAUUGGCUUCUGCCCAUUCACGGAUCACCUUGUGUCAACCACGACAGCAUGGAGAGUGACUAUGAGAUGGGCCCGUUAAUACAGACCCUCCGGGAAAGGCAUGGCCUACCCGAUCCCAAGCAGCCCUCUGGCGAACUGGAAAUGCGGGAGAUGCGGCCAAGCGGCUACUAGGUAAGAGAAGAUACCCAUGGGUCAGAAAUAUUUUUCGAGGGGCGUUUUGGGAGGUUCGGGCGCCUUGGGGAGCUCCGGCGAUUCACGUUGGCAUACGUGCAGACACAUACUUACCUGUCGGUACACUCUCUUAUGUAAUUAUUAAUCUUAUCACAGACGCGUUCUGUCACCUUCUUGUUGAAAACCGAACGACAGUAUUUGAGCUCUGUUUUUGUAUUUUGAAGGACCUACCAACAAAGCUGCAGGAUCUUUUG